AUGGUCAACAACUAUAUAAAGUACUACGGUGGGUCGAUAAAGGAUUUUCAACGAUCCAGGGCAAAUGAUAAAAACGAUUAUGACAUUCUACGAGAACAGCAUCGAUUUGUUUGGGAAGAUGAUGAUGAUAAUGAUAAUAACUGGGAUAAGAGACUGGCAAAGAAAUAUUAUGACCGUUUAUACAAAGAAUACUGUGUUGCUGACUUGUCCAAAUAUAAAGAAAAUAAAAUUGCUCUUCGUUGGCGAAUAGAAAGAGAGGUUAUAGGCGGCAAAGGUCAGUUCUUGUGUGGUAACUUGAAGUGUGGAGCAAGUGAUAAUCUGCGUAGCUGGGAGGUAAAUUUUGGAUAUGUCGAGCGUGGAGAAAAAAAGAAUGCCUUGGUGAAGCUAAGACUUUGCCCUAAAUGCUCAGAUAAGCUAAAUUAUCAUCACAGACAACGUUUGGCCAAAUCGAAAGUAAAGGCGGAUAAUUCACGUACAAUGAAAAAAGAUUCAAACGUGCCAAGCAGAGCAACACCAGAGAAAGAGCUUGAUGUCGCACCGAAAGAAACCGGGCCAGAAUCAUCUAGUAAACCUGAUAACGUAUGGAGUCGACCUGUAAAUGUGGAUUCUAAAACGCGAGAGGAUGAAAUUGAGGACUACUUUGAAGAUAUGUUAUUGUAA